UUGUACUAUGGCUCAAGCACGUAAUCCCUGAACCGAAAAAAAUGACGUUGGCUCGUCCCUCAAAUCCGCUCCGCAUAGAAUCCCUCCAAAACAAACCCAAUCAAAGCUAUUCACACUUCACAGACACAGUCCACUGAAAACCGCUCUCAGUCACACAACUCAUUCUCUUCUUCCUACGAAAAUUCACUGUCAAACCCCUAGAAACGACAAUAAAACAUGCGUUUUAUUCUGUGUAACUAAAUCCACCAUUAAUUUUCUCUUAAUUCGAUGGCCUCGUUUGUGGAAAUCGAUAGGUACAAUCUAAUUCCACUUUCUCUGUCUUCUCUUUGUGCUUGCCCAUGUCUUCCCAUGUCGAACAAAAUUAUAAUUCUCAAUCAAAGACGCUAUUCGAAAUUUAAUCUCCGCAUAGUCUUUGAUGGAUCCAAAACCAUGUUUCGGGUUCGCCAAUCCGGCGUUUCCUGUGACCGCCGCUUUGUUGCAGCUGUGGUGAGAACUAAGCCGGACCGGCUUGAUGAGGACGAUGCUAAAGAGGAACUCGACAAAGGCAAUAAUUUACCAGUAAUUGAGGAUUCAAUUUCAGAACGACAAGAGAAAGCAAGUCAGUUAAAGAAAAGGAUUGUUUUUGGACUUGGCAUCGGAAUAUCUUCCGGGGGUAUUGUACUGGCUGGAGGAUGGGUUUUUACAUUGGCCUUCGCAGCUGUUGUUUUUGUCGGUGCACGUGAGUAUUUUGAGCUGGUAAGAAGUCGUGGAAUCACUGCAGGAAUGACUCCUCCACCUCGAUAUGUGUCACGAGUUUGCUCUGUUAUAUGUGCCCUCAUGCCUAUACUUACCUUGUACUUUGGCCAAAUUGAUGUUUCAGUUACAUCAGCUGCUUUCAUUGUUGCCAUGGCAUUGCUUUUACAAAGAGGAAAUCCUCGUUUUGCUCAGCUAAGUAGCACCAUGUUUGGACUGUUUUACUGUGGAUAUCUUCCUUGUUUUUGGGUCAAGCUUCGAUGUGGUUUAGCAGCCCCAGCAUUAAAUACUAGUUUUGCAGGAAUAGGAUCUGCAUGGCCCAUUUUUCUCGGUGGCCAAGCUCAUUGGACUGUGGGUCUUGUGGCAACCUUGAUCUCUAUCAGCAGCAUAAUUGCAGCAGAUACAUUCGCAUUUUUAGGUGGCAAGGCUUUUGGUAGAACACAACUUACUAGUAUUAGUCCGAAGAAAACAUGGGAGGGAACUAUUGUUGGCUUGGGUGGUUGUAUAGCUACUUCCAUUGCAUUAUCAAGGAUAUUUUGCUGGCCAACCUCUCUGCUUAGUGCAAUAGCUUUUGGGUUUCUUAACUUUGUUGGGUCCAUUUUUGGUGAUCUUACGGAAUCGAUGAUCAAACGUGAUGCUGGUGUCAAAGACUCUGGAUCCCUAAUACCUGGACAUGGUGGUAUACUGGACAGAGUUGACAGUUAUAUUUUCACCGGUGCACUUGCUUACUCCUUUGUGAAAACCUUCCUACCACUUUAUGGAAUUUGAUACAAAAUUUUAUGAUUAAUGGCUAGAGAAGCUACCAAAUAGACAGAUUAUGGUUUUCCCUUUUAGGGGCGCUCAUUCUUUCGCUCAAAAUUCAGAGUAAUGGUGCAAGGAAAAGAGAUUAUUCUUGCCUCAACAGCUUUAGGGAAGGGAAAUGAGAUUGAAAUUUCAACUCUACAAUCUCCAAAUAUAUCUUCAAAGAUUCUAAAUUUGUGUGUAUACUUCCAAAAUACAUGUCUUCAAUCACACUGGAUCUAUCUGCUGUAGUUACUGUUAUAAUUUUCUGCUUCAAGGGCAGUACCUGCUUCUUCUCCUUAACUUGUGACUAUUACACAUCAAUUUCCCGUAUGUUUUCUAUCUUCUUUCGUCUGACCAUUUUCAAUUGUAUAUUUGGAUACCCAAUUUUACAUGUGUGUAUUCAGUUUAAGACUUGGAAAUAACAAAUUUUACAUCUUA